AACAAGUCAAAUGAUAACUCUCUGAGCGAUUCAAACUCCGGGACUAACGUCAGUAAAGUGAGGAAAAAUAUCCGCGAGUUUGAGCGCCGAUCCUCUAUUUGUGGCGACACUAUUGUCCCGCCGGUUGUGCCGGUCGUCGGACCCGUCGUACAGCCCAAGAAGGACUCCCUCACCGCUAGUACUCAUAAUAAUAGCAAUACUACUAAUGAUAGCAAUAGUAUGCGAAUGAGUAAAUCGUGUUUUGAAGUCGAUUGCUGUGACAAUAGCUCAUCCGGUGUCUCAUCGGAUGUGGACGGAGAGUACGGCACACAAAACCAGCCAAAAGGGGCGCAAAUGUCACAAAAUAAUCAGCAAAUAAAUCGGCGAAACUCGCAGAACGUGUCCGAAAAGAUCGCCGUUCUUAUGGCGGCCACAGCGCAGACCAGUCAGGCCGCAGCCAUGGCAGCCGCCGCGUCGGCCCAAUCGGCGGCCACCGCACAGCCCGUGCCUAUUAUGAGCUGUCAAACGGCUGGUCCGCCGACCGGAGCCGGCAUUUACGGCACUCGGCGUACGGCCAGCUGUUGCGACGAUAGCCACAAACAGCGGCCCAAGUGUUGGUCAAACGCCGGUAGCGGCAGUCAGUCAAUGAUGGGCAGCGCGCCGACAGCCGCCACCGGGCCCUCCAUUAGCAGUAAUUUAGUGCCAAAUCUACAGCAAAAGUCUGUGAAAUUUACAGCAAACUAUUCGUCAAACUCGGAGCCAAAAACAAAUACCACUAAUAAUAACGCCAUUAAUAGCUAUCCUAAUGCACAGCCACCGCAUCCGCAGCAACAACACCAACACCACCAACAACUACAACAACAACAGCACCAGAACAAGAUAUACGUCACCUCCCAGUCCAAAACGGGUCAACCCAUACGACUACAGAUCGAUUCCUUGGGUCUGGCGGCAGUGAACGAAGUGGACGUAUUGGCCGAACUGGUGCCGCCACCGCCGGAGUUCGCCGCACCGCCGCCCGGACACCCGGGUGCUAAUCGCGGGGCGCCGGGCGGUGGCGCUGACCCAAUGCGGGCGCCGAUAGCUUUAAGUCAGAGCCAGCAGUUGAUGGUAAGGCAACAACAGUUGCAACACUUACGGCAACAGCAACUCCUACAGCAACAGCGGGCGCAACGCGUGCGGCAACAGUCACCCCAACCCACCGGUGCCGCACCGCAACCGCCGCCCAUACCAUCCCAACCGCCGCCCUCAACACUACCCCAUCAACAGCACCAACACAUCCAUCACCAGCAGAUGAUGGUCAAUAAGGAGCAGAUUAGGAUCAUAUCGCCGACACCCCAUCAAACCAUGAGCUCCGCGCCGAUGCCGGUGCCCGUCGGUGGCCAUCACCCGCACCCACAGCAGCCGCCUACCGCCGCUCAACACUACCAGCGCCUCCACCAGCAGGCAAUGGAGAGUCGAGCCCUAUCGGGUGGUACCCCUCCGGGCGCGACCGCCGACUUCUCGGACCUAUUGGCCCGUCAGAGGGCCGCUCAGGUUAGGGCACAUCAGCAGCACAUCGAGCAACAGAUGUCGGCGUCCAUGCGUUUGGGCGUCGGCUCCAUGAGCUCACACGGGCCGUCACCGCACCCCCAGUUCUCCACACUUCAGAGGCAUAACAGCGCCUCCCACUCACUCAUGACAGGCGGCGGGGGUGGAGACCCGAUGACGGCCCACCACUCGGCCGCAGCCCAGGCCCAGCAGUUCGCCACACUUACCCGACACCAGGCGACGGCUGCCACAGUGGCCGCGGCCACGGCUGCCGCCCAACAACAGCAACGACACAACUACUGCGACUACACACGACUUACCGUUCAGAAUAGGCUUAUGCGGCACUUGAAUACCAGCCCACGUGUUGUGUCGAAA